CGGCCGCCGGACCCCGCUCCGCCCCGCUCCGCGCCCGCCGCCCUCCGCGGAGCGCCGGGGGCUCUGCCCGCCGCGCCAUGGGUCGUGCACUGCUGAUCCUCCUCUUGUCUGCAACAGUCUCUCUCCUGGGUGGGCUGAUAUUUGGAUACGAGCUGGGGAUUAUCUCCGGUGCACUGCUGCAGUUGCAGACAGACUUUCACCUCAGCUGCUUCAAGCAAGAAAUUCUCGUGAGCGCCCUCCUUAUUGGAGCUCUCCUCGCCUCUCUGGUUGGGGGGAUCCUCAUCGACCGUCAUGGCCGGAGGAGAGCAAUCCUGGUCAGCAAUUUGGUCCUGUUGGUUGGCAGCCUUAUUCUCACAUUGGCGAGGUCAUUUAUUGGGCUGGUCAUUGGGCGCAUGACUGUGGGCUUUGCCAUCUCUGUCUCAUCCAUGGCCUGCUGCAUCUACGUCUCAGAAAUGGUGGCUGCUCAUCAGCGAGGGCUGCUGGUGUCUCUCUACGAAGCGGGCAUCACCGUAGGCAUCCUGCUGUCCUAUGCGCUGAACUACAUCUUUGCGGAUGUGGAUGAGGGAUGGAGGUACAUGUUUGGGCUGGCCAUUGCCCCGACGGCCAUGCAGUUCCUCAGCAUCCUCUUCCUCCCAGUGAACCCUGUUAAAUUAAGCUCCUGGGAUUCAGACUGCCAGAAGGGCCUCAUUCAGUUGCAGAACACUGAGGACAGAGAGGUGGCAAAGCGGGAGCCCUAUAAAGAGAAGCAUUACUCAUUUCUUGACCUUUUUAGGACCAGAGACAACAUGAGAAGGCGGACUCUGGUGGGCCUGGGACUGGUGCUCUUCCAGCAGUUCACUGGGCAACCCAAUGUGCUUGGCUAUGCCUCCAAAAUCUUCCACUCGGUAGGGUUCCAGAGCAACUCCUCGGCAAUCCUGGCCUCUGUUGGGCUGGGGGCAAUAAAGGUGGUGGCCACGCUCAUCGCGAUGGCCUUUGCAGACAAGGCUGGCAGGAGAGCGCUGCUCAUGGCUGGCUGCGUGGUGAUGGCCAUCUCUGUCACCACCAUUGGCCUCACCAGCCGCAUUGCUCCGCUGGCCAUGGCCAGGGACUGCAAGGCAGCUGCAGACCCCAAUGCAUCCCACAGCCUCACCCAGCACCGCCUGAUGCCCUCAGCCUCCCAGGCUGCUGUGUCCCCCAUCCCACCAGCAUCGAGUGCUGUCAAAAGUCAGGCAGGCCCUGGUUUUGCUGCCUCAGGGAGCCUUAGAAGAGUUUUUGAAAGUACUCAAAGCAGAGCGGUUGUUCCCGAUUCUUCCCUCACUCAGAAAAGGGGCUUGGUAGGUCAGUCCAAAAAGGAGACAGUGGAAAGCACAGGCUCUCCUUUUGGUGGUGCUCCCUGGGCAGAACAUAUGGUUUUAAAUUGGAUUACGCUGCUGAGCAUGAUGGCUUUCGUGAGCGCCUUCUCAAUUGGAUUUGGACCAAUGACCUGGCUGGUCCUCAGCGAGAUCUACCCUGCUGGGAUAAGAGGAAGAGCCUUUGCCUUCUGUAACAGCUUUAACUGGGCUGCUAAUUUACUGAUCAGCCUCUCCUUCCUGGACCUUAUUGAUGCCAUUGGUUUCUCUUGGAUGUUUCUUCUCUAUGGACUGAUGGGAGUGCUGGCUGUCAUAUUCAUUUACCUGUUUGUUCCGGAAACGAAAGGACAAUCCUUAGAGGAGAUAGACCAGCAGUUCUCCAGGAAACGAUGCAGCUUUUCCUGAUGGAUGGAAAAUACAAAAGGAAUCGCUCAUCUGCUCCCUGCAAGCUUUUUCCUGACCGCUGGGAAGCCCAGGCACUAUUCCAGGCCUGGAGUAAACCUUGCCUUGUGGAGAAAACUUGAUCCUUGUUUGCUGAGUUCACACGUCUGGGAAUAAUUUAAGCUAAGGGGAAAAGCAAAAGUGAGAAAGACAACCACCAUCCCCGAGCCCAUCUCGUUCCCUUCACCAUGCAGCCCUGCCUGGGAGGACAUCCGUGAUCAUACGAGAUGAACGGCCACAUCUCCACUAAUGGCGUAUACUGUAAGGCAAGAAAGCGGCAGCACAGGGCCGGGCAAGAAUUUUGGCAGUUUCACCCAGGCUUGUUUCACAGAAACGGAAAGUAACGGAGAGUCUGCCAGCAACACGGCAUCCCCCUCUGCUUUCGGCAGUGGCUGCCGUAGGGCUGGGCUCUCGGCAGCAGAGAGCAGAGGGCUUGGCUUGGGUGGCCACCUUGCUCUUUGCUCCUGCUUUUCCCUCAAGGAUGAGGAGAAACUGAAGGACGAGGCCAAAACAAAGACCUCUCUUGCCUGCAUUGAUAAGUAGCUUUGAACUAGAAUUAUGCAGGAGUCCCACGAGCAUGAAUGGCUUCCCUGUGGGCAUGCUUCGGUCUGUUGUCCAUAUAUGUAUGGUUUUGUGGACACCAGAGGCACCCAUGGCUGUUGUGUUUGUGGCCAACAUGACUCCCCAGCUCUUUUCCAUUGACAAACACCCUCAGGGACACCCUGAUCUCCCUGAGCAGGCCCAGGCCCAGCUGCUCCUUCUGUGAGCAGAAGGAGGAAGAAGAGUCUAUAUGUUCUGCCACAACACAGCAAAGCUUAAAUGGACAAAGCCACUGAACAGCAUGCUAAUGAGUACAGCACAGCAUCCCCGGGCACUAAUGAGUAAUAAAGUGCCCCAGAAACUAAAGAGCCCCCAAGUGCUACUGAGGACUAAGUAGUCCCCAAAUACUCACAUCUCUCUCAGGUCAAAUUCCACUCUUUAAACCAAUCCCCAUUACAUUUUACACAUCGGGCUGCAGAAGGCCUCGGAGGGGCUGUUAGGUUCUAUUGUAGGGGAAUAAAGCAAGUGUCAAAAAGACUUUUAAUGCCCAGUUAAAAAUGGCCAAAAUACAGCCUGCAGUUACCUGAUAAGCUGCAAGGUCCCUACUGGGAGAAAUAUUUUGGUUUUUAAAUUGUCUCAACCUUUGCACACUUAGAGGAGGCUGGCCUUGGCUCUAAAAUAAAGCUUUGUCAAGUACAUUAAAACAAUAUUAAAAGCUUGGCUUUUGUUCCAUAAAGACUUUUAAUGCUUGUUGGUUGGG